AUGGCUGAACAACGCAGAGGUCCCGGAAGGCCCAGGACGAGGAAUGUGGAGCCUGAGACUGGACCGGAGAAUGCAGGCGUGCCUUGGGUGCAGAUAAUGCAACAGAUGCAGCAACAGAAUCAAAUGAUGAUGCAAAUGAUGCAAGGCAUGCAAGGGCAACAACCAACCGCUCCUGCUCCUACUCCUCGGGCUGCAGCAGGGCCUGACUUUCGUGCCUUCUUUCGGAUGGAUCCGCCAGAGUUCUUGGGUGGCUUAGAUCCUGUGAUUGCGCAUGAUUGGCUAUAUGCUAUGGAGAUGAUAUUCCAGGCUAUUCAGUGCACAGAAGAAGAGAAGGUGAUCUUUGCUGCUCAGAAAAUGAAGGGGCCAGCAGGAAGAUGGUGGAAUACGGAGUCUACGUAUUUCACUAACCGAGGGAUUCCAAAGGAUUGGCAACAUUUCAAGACAGCUUUCUUGGAGAAGUACUAUCCCAACAGUGUGCGUGCUUUGAAGGAGCGUGAAUUUCAAUCUUUCAAGCAAGGCAACAUGUCGGUGUCUGAAUAUGCUGAGAAGUUUGAGGACAUGGCUGCCUAUUCCAGACAAGCAGCUUACGCACCAGAUGAGUUGUGGAAGAUUGAUCAGUUCCUCAUGGGGCUGAAUGCUGAUAUUGUGCACAGUGUGUCUCAGAGGGAGUUUACCACCUAUGCUGAGUGUUUAAGGCAAUGCUAUGUUGCCGAGAACACAUUGAAGAGGGUCCAAGAUGAAAGAGAGCAGAACAAGCCGAUUCGUAGGGAUCAAGGAAGGUCGGGGCAGCAAUUGAAACCCCGCAAUUCUCCAGCUAUGAAGAAACAGGUCUAUGGAGAUCGCUCUACUCAGCCUCCCCGAUGUGGUAGAUGCAAGGCAAACCACUUUGGGAAUUGCAAGCCAGAUCUUGUGAAAUGUUACAAGUGCAAUCAGUUGGGACAUUUUGCAAGGGAGUGUACAGCCCCAGAUGUUCCAGAAAAGACUAAAGGCCGUGUUUACACCUUGGACGCUAGGAAGACUCAAGGAAACACCAAUCUUGUUGCUGGUACGUGUUAUGUUAAUGAUCAGCCCUUGUUUGUAUUAGUAGAUUGUGGAGCGACACAUUCUUUUAUCUCUUAUCAUUGUGUGCGGAGGCUUGGUUUUGAGACAAGCUUGCUUCCAAAUCCUAUGGUUAUUUCAUCGGCUACUGAUGAUCUAGUAGAAACUCGGGAAAUUUGCAAGGAGUGUUCUAUUACCUUCAAUGGUCGUAGAUUCGUGAUUGAUCUCAUUUGUCUGCCUCUUAAGAAGAUCGAUGUAGUACUCGGUAUGGACUGGUUGUCAGCUAACUCGGUGUACAUCGGUUGUAAAGAGAAGGCUAUCUUCAUUCCUGCUAAGGAGACUACACCAACCGAUGCCAUUGAACAUCUUCUUGAAGGUACAGUUAACAUGAUCAAUUACCUUUUUGCUCAAGAGAAGUCUUUCCUUUUGGUUCUUACGUCGGACUCCAAUGAUAAGAAGAGUGUAUCGGAGAUUCCAGUUGUAUGCGAAUUUUCCGAUGUAUUUCCCGAUGAUGUUACUUCUCUUCCGCCGGAAAGGGAAGUUGAAUUCUCUAUUGAUCUUGUUCCGGGUACCGCUCCAGUUUCUAUUGCCCCUUAUAGGAUGUCUCCUGCAGAGCUAAGGGAAUUGAAGAAUGACAUCUUGAUCUACUCUCGGACUAUUGAAGAGCACAUGGAGCAUUUGAAGAUUGUGUUGUCAGUUCUUAGAGAAAAGCAGUUGUUUGCAAAGUUUAGCAAAUGUGAGUUCUGGAUGUCUGAAGUCAAGUUUCUUGGACAUGUCCUAUCUGGCGGCGGCGUAGCUGUAGACCCUUCAAAGGUAGAAGCAGUGAUAAAUUAG